GGGGAGUGCUGGUGCUCCGUGAGGUGUGGGACGACCUUUCCUGUCCCCGUGGACUCCCAGGUGCAGGCUGAGAGGGCGCACCCCUGCCAGUGGGACAUGACUGACAACAGCAACAACCAGCUGGUCGUGAGAGCCAAGUUCAACUUCCAGCAGACCAAUGAAGACGAGCUCUCCUUUACGAAGGGAGAUGUCAUCCAUGUCACGCGGGUGGAGGAAGGCGGCUGGUGGGAGGGCACGCACAACGGCAGGACUGGCUGGUUUCCCAGCAACUACGUGCGGGAGGUCAAGCCCAGCGAGAAGCCUGUGUCACCCAAGUCAGGAGCACUGAAGAGCCCUCCCAAAGGAUUUGACACUGCUGCCGUUAACAAAAGCUACUACAACGUGGUGCUACAGAAUAUUUUGGAAACAGAAAAUGAAUAUUCUAAAGAACUUCAGACUGUGCUUGCAACCUAUCUCCGGCCUUUGCAGACCAGUGAGAAGUUAAGUUCAGCAAACACUUCAUAUUUAAUGGGAAAUCUAGAAGAAAUAUGUUCUUUCCAGCAAAUGCUUGUACAAUCUUUAGAAGAAUGCACCAAGUUGCCAGAAGCUCAGCAGAGAGUUGGAGGAUGCUUUUUAAAUCUGAUGCCUCAAAUGAAAACCUUGUACCUUGCGUAUUGUGCCAACCACCCAUCUGCAGUGAAUGUUCUCACAGAGCACAGCGAGCAGCUGGGAGAGUUCAUGGAGACCAGAGGCGCAAGCAGCCCGGGGAUCCUGGUGCUGACCACCGGCCUCAGCAGACCGUUCAUGCGCCUGGACAAGUACCCCACGCUGCUCAAGGAGCUGGAGAGACACAUGGAGGAUUAUCAUCCAGAUAGACAAGAUAUUCAGAAAUCCAUGACUGCCUUCAAAAAUCUCUCGGCCCAGUGUCAGGAAGUACGGAAAAGGAAGGAACUAGAAUUGCAGAUUCUGACGGAGGCCAUCCGGAGCUGGGAGGGAGAUGACAUUACGACCCUGGGCAGCGUGGUGUACAUGUCCCAGGUCAUGGUUCAGUGCGCUGGGAGUGAGGAAAAGAAUGAGAGAUACCUUCUGCUCUUCCCAAAUAUUUUGCUAAUGUUGUCUGCCAGUCCUAGGAUGAGUGGUUUCAUCUAUCAGGGAAAGCUACCAACGACAGGAAUGACAAUCACAAAGCUUGAGGACAGUGAAAAUCAUAGAAAUGCAUUUGAAAUAUCAGGGAGCAUGAUUGAGCGGAUCUUAGUGUCCUGCAACAACCAGCAGGAUCUCCAUGAGUGGGUGGACCACCUACAGAAGCAGACGAAGGUCACCUCUGUUGGCAACCCCACCAUCAAGCCGCAUUCUGUGCCGUCUCACACCCUCCCCUCCCAUCCGAUCGCCCCAUCCAGCAAGCACGCGGACAGCAAGCCGGUACCCCUGACGCCUGCCUACCACACGCUGCCCCACCCCUCCCACCACGGCACUCCGCACACCACCAUCAACUGGGGGCCCCUGGAGCCUCCGAAGACCCCCAAGCCGUGGAGCCUGAGCUGCCUGCGACCCGCACCUCCCCUGCGGCCCUCGGCUGCGCUCUGCUACAAGGAGGAUCUUAGUAAGAGUCCCAAGACCAUGAAAAAGUUGCUACCUAAGCGCAAGCCUGAGCGGAAGCCUUCCGAUGAAGAGUUUGCAUUGCGGAAAAGCACGGCCGCUCUGGAGGAAGAUGCGCAGAUUCUGAAGGUCAUCGAGGCUUACUGCACGAGCGCCAAAACGCGGCAAACGCUCAACUCAACAUGGCAAGGCACUGACCUGAUGCAUAAUCACGUCUUGGCUGACGACGACCAAUCAAGUCUAGACUCCUUGGGUCGUCGCAGUAGCCUUUCCCGUCUGGAGCCUUCAGACCUCUCGGAAGACUCUGACUAUGACAGUAUAUGGACAGCCCAUAGUUACAGAAUGGGUUCUACAUCUCGUUCACGCAAAGAGCCUGCUCCACAAGUUUUGCUUCCAGAGGAAGAGAAGAUGAUAGUUGAAGAAACCAAGAGUAAUGGUCAGACGGUGAUCGAGGAGAAGAGCCUCGUUGACACGGUCUAUGCGUUAAAGGAUGAAGUCCAGGAGUUGAGACAGGAUAACAAAAAGAUGAAGAAAUCUCUGGAGGAGGAGCAGAGAGCCCGCAAAGACCUGGAGAAGCUGGUGAGGAAAGUUCUCAAGAACAUGAACGACCCUGCCUGGGAUGAGACCAACCUCUGAGGAGUGUCGUUGCUUCUUCCUCCGAGAGCAGCUGGAGACCGAGCCGGGAGCCCCACCCUAGCCCGGGGUGACCCUCAGGGCCACGGGGCAGGGCUGGACAAAAGUCAUCUUGCUUUCUGGGCAUGGAAAGGCCGGAGUCCAUCCACAAAUAGAAGCGGUCACAUUGUCCCUGAAGGACCCAAACACGAGGUGUAGACCCUGGGGCUGAGCUGCGUUAAUUUUACCCUGUUACCACCUCAAUUACCUCUUUUUGCAAUAAGCGCAGUGACUACAAACCCUGGCGUCUCAGGCUCUUGUGGGUCUGUAUAAACAAUUAUAUGUACACGUUUCUUGUAAGUGCUCCGUGUUGAAUGCGUACCCGUGAUUGCUGCACCUGGGCUGACCACCCGUUGCUAGAACCCCCUUCCAUUAACCUUCCUGGUCCCACAGACAGCAAGUUGUGCUCAUGUGCUUGUGGAAAGCAGAGGCGCGAGGGCGCCUGGACGCAUUGCUAGGCGCCUGGUUGGCUCUCCGCUGUAGCCCCCGUGUGCUCUGGGAGGACCCCCCACUUUGGUAGGCCCACGUAGCCUUGUUUGUACCUGCAGGGAUACCUUACUAGCCUUGAAAGUCUUCCGUUGAAGCAGUGCUGCUGUCACCCUGAGUGGGUGUCCUGGCUCAGUGAGGGAGACUCUGGCUUCAGCCUCCAAUCCCAGAAGUCCCCCGUGCACCACCGUGUCCGGCUGCCGGCAUCUGCGAUUGCCUGCUGCGUGUGAACGGCGGCUUGUCGGCGUGCAUUCUGUGCCCGGUGGGAGAGCAGACUUGUCUAUAUAGGCUGGUUUAAUAACGUGACAAAACGCACCGUUUGUCCCCCCCCCCCCCCCCACCGAGAAAGCUCCACCAGAACCUGUAAAUAAACUGCAUUAUUUAUUCCGUAUCACUGAGGCCGAUGAAGGCACACCAAGGAUACCGUGAGUGGACAUGGCAAGCGUCAGGUGGGAGUCCUUGUCAGGCCUCUGUGAACUCCGACCUCUGUACCACCAGCGUGCAACAAGCCUUCUGUGCUCCCUGGGAAAAAGAAAGGUUUCCCUCCAGUGAGAAUAAAGCAAUAGAAAUUCUGCCUAAAGUACUCAGUUUAAAUGCCGGUCCGUUCCCCGCCCCAUACCUGAACGGCACUGGGGGCAGGGAGGAAGCCUGCCUGAGCCCAGCCCCGCUGACCUCUCUGGGCCGGGGAGGUGGGAACCUCAGAGCCCUGGGGCAGGAGCCUCAGCCAUGGAGCCAGCUUGUUCCGCCUCGUGGGCAGGACACCGUGUCCCAGGAGCUGCUCUGCUGCUCUCCUCCGAAGAGGUCGGCUUCCAGUGGAGAGAAUCUGGUCCCUAGAACGAGUGUUCUGUCUUUAAAACAAACCAGCACUACAGACUUCCCAGAAACAGCCGUGUGGCACCAGGUGGGACUUGGGCCUUGCGGUCUGUGGGGUCAAGCGACCCUUUAACUGCAUGGGGAUCUUCUGACGCCUUGGAACGGGGCGGCUCUGGGACUCCUUGGCUUUCUGCUUGCUGGUGGCUCCUGUCCAGGUCGGGGCUGAGCCCUUGGCCCACCCGUCUGCGGCUGGCGGGCAGUUGCUGGAGCUGGGCCCUCCUGGCUGCGUGCCCAGCAGGUGUGUGCGCGGCUCUGCAUCCGCCUGCCCUUGUGUGGCCUUUCUGGUAGAAUUCUCAGCUUUCUGCACUUCACAUUUUGUUUACUAGCGCUAGGACUAGAAAAGAGCCUUUGUGGGGGGAAGCCUUACUUUACAGUGCUUUUUGGUGAUGCAGAAGACCUUGCCAUAGAAAACACUUUGGAGUGUGCCGAAGUUUGUGGUCUUGCACUCAGGGACGGCCUUCACCCCUGAUCUCUCCACCUCUCUCUGACGGGGGAUGUUGCCAGCUGCCUCCCAGGACGGGUCUCCUAAACCUGCCUUAACUUGACUGCAGCACUGAGGGGGAAUGCACGUUUCUCCCCGUCCCCGCUCUGAUGGGACCGUUGGGACUGUUGAGACGCCUGGCAGUUCCACUGUUUCACUAAGCUUCUUAGGGAGCAGAGUCUGAGAGCUGUUCUGUCUACGAACCUGCGGACCGCUUCCGUUUCCCUGACCUUCCCAGGGACUGGGGGCUGGCGGCGGUGGGUGGAAGGGGCCCCGUUUACCCCGAGGGCGAGGAGAUAACGCACUUGCGUUUCUGCUCGAUGUUGAGAUUUGAUGGCGGAGACUGUCCUUGGGGCUCCCGCUGUGUGCGUCGCAUGCGUGCCAGGCCCUGGGACAGGGGAGCCUCAGGGUUUCUGACCCUUCCCGCUGCCCCCGCGCUGGGUCCCUAGGCCGCACUCACGGCAUCCCUGUUGACAGUAGUGGGGCCUGUCACGUGAAUGCCACAGGCUGUCCUGGUCUUGACUAAGCCUGUUCCGUCGUUGUCAUUAAACAGACUUUCCUUACCUUA